UGGGCCGGUCCUCUGAACAAUCAUUUCUUUAUGGUUCUAAUAUUCAUAUAUAAUUAAUAGUCAACAGUUUUCAUAACCUGAAGCCUAGAAAAGUAUUAAUCAGUUACAAUCAAUAAUAUGGCAAAGAAAAUGGAUGAAAAGCAACCUCUAUUAAAGAAUGAAAAUCACACAGAAAUAACUAUCGAUAGUUCAGAUGCCGGAAUUGGAGAGGAAACUAAUCAAACGACAGCUUCUUCUAUUGGUCCCGAUGAGUUGCCUCCAGCAUAUUCAUCGAAUGAGGAACGAGGACUUCCUAUGGUUACUUGUCGUGUUUGCUCAGCAAUGAUUGAUAUAUCAUGGAAGCGGGAACAACAUGUUGUUAAAUGUAAUCAAUGUAAUGAAGCAACGCCAAUACGAAAUGCACCUCCUGGAAAAAAAUACGUGCGAUGUCCAUGUAACUGUCUCUUGAUUUGUAAAAGUUCCUCUCAGCGUGUUGCCUGUCCACGACCAAACUGCAAGCGAAUUAUAAAUUUGGCUCCAAGCCCCGUUACACCUCCUGUCGCCACGAUGCCUGGAAUGUGUAGAGUCACUUGUUCUUGGUGCCAUGAUACUUUCCUCUUUAACACUUUAACCAAUGCACUUGCUAGAUGCCCUCAUUGUCGAAAAGUGUCGUCAGUUGGUGCAGAUUUUGCUAAAAAUAGGAGCAAUGUUUAUAUGGCAUUUGGAAUAAUAUUCUUAGCGAUAGGAAUUGCUGUUUUAUGGAUAACUCGCGCUAAUGCCCUUAAUCACAUUGGAAUUUUCGCAGCUUAUGCUGGAAUGUUUUUGGUUUCUGCUCUGCUUUUCGCCAGAACAGUUUAUUAUCGCCGAAUGAAAAUAAGCGUAAUCGAAGGGCCGAUUUAAAAGACGCAUCACAUACAAUGCUUUACCGAAUUGAUUCUCAUCAAGAAUUGCUUCUCAUCACUCUCCCUAAACAUAGCUUUUUCAUUCAAGAAAUGUUUUCGGCUGAUCAAAUUAAUAUCCCAAACCAAAUUUGAAAAUUAUCAUGAAGGAAUAAUUUUUAAAUAUUUGUAACUGUUUAGAGGAAAUCAUUCCAAAUACAAUAAUUCUCAAUAUACUAUUAUAUAGCAUAAUCUUUGAAUAUGAGAAAAGAAAGAAAGAAAUAAAAUAAGUGAAGAUCUAAAAUGAAGUAA